AGGGAGCUCAGAUUCCCUCUCUCAAAGUAGCAAGUUGUUGCCACUUGCUGAGGGUAACCUGCGCGCCCCAGCAGAAAAACCCAAACAUGACCAGACUUGUGAGCCUCGGGACCCCGGCAGCCAUGGCCCUGAGCCCAGCCCGCAGUCCACCUUCUCAACCCAAGGAGGAUCACACCGACCGGAACCGUGAGCAGGGGGAAGCCUUGCAGAAGCUGGCCAUGCAGCUGAGACGCGUUGGGGACAGCAUUGAGCAUCGGACGGUUGAAGAGCAGGGUCUCGGACAGGAGGACAGAGGUGUACCAGCUCGCUUCACCUUGUUUGUCUUUGGAAGAGCCCAGGCGCUGCUUGGAUUCCUCCUGAACAACCGCCCGCGAUAGGAGGCCAGGCAUGUGCAGUCCCGUCUCGCCUUCCUGCUCGGACCCUCGCCUCCUCCGCCUCCUCCUCGUGUUCCCAUUUGCCUCAGCUUCUACCCUGCCCCGUGCUCUCUGCAGGUGUUUGAGGGACUACAGAGUCCCUGGCUGCUGUCUUUCGGGGACAGUCAGCUAAACCACAACUGCGAUGCCUCUCGACUGGGAGCCGGGGAAAACCCAAAGUGGUGGUGUCCCGGCUGCUGCCAAGUGCUUGCUUGUGGGCGAGCAGCAGAACUCCCUCGCACACAGCC